GGGAGACAGUGUAACGGAACUGGGACGCCAGCGCUGCAUUGUGGGAGCUUUUAAAGCGGCGGGGAGCGUGGCGCAGCCGCUCGGGCUGUCGGUUCCCCGCCCCAUACCCCCCGGCACGGCCCCCACGCCACCCGGCCGGUCGCACACCCCCAGCCAGCCGAGGCCCGUGGACCUGAAAGCCAGAAAUGGUGAGAUGACCGGUGCCUCGCUGACUCUCACGGAGCAAAAUCUUCCAUAGCCCGGGGAUGAGACUUGCAAAACUGCCCUCCACCGUCACCCCGGAAAGUAGGAGGCUUUUUCUGCGGACGCUUUAAAAAAAAAAAAAAAAAAGCCCUUCCAUCCCCUCAGGACUGGGUUUGAAUUGCUUUUCAUCUGGAGUGGCAAUGAUUCAGCGACCCCCUUCUCAGCAGCAGGCAGUGACAGAGACAGGAGACGAAAAACACAGCGAAUGAAUCAGACAGCGACCUUCAGAGACCCGAGCCUGAGUGAGGACAGCUAUCAAAAGGAUAGACUCUUUGAGGAUGAAAUAUAUUGAAGUCUUCCAAUGCUGGUUGUCAGUUUCUAACCCUUCUUCAUCCUCCUGGCUACUCUCACCCACCCCAGAGGACAGAGCCCUGUAGAUGGUUCCAGAGAACUCUGGAAAGCAAGCAGCUUCCUCUUCGUGUCCGAACCUGCCACAGGUCUAACAUGAAAUUUUGAAGUGUGCAAUUCUAUUGCUUAUUCCAAAGGCAUUUAGAGAGAUGAGAGGCAGGCUGCCCACUCAGAAGUACCAUCUCACCCUUCAGGAAGAGCUCCCAAAUUAAGGAUCCCAAAGAUUCCAUACAAGGACCUACAUAGAAAAGAAGGUGGCGCUGCAGAGGUGAUCUGGAUGCAGUAAGAAAUGCAGGAAGAUGCCCACAAAUAAAAAUUGACAACUGAGAAAACAGAAAUCUGGCUAUAUCAUCCAAGGGAUUCCACUGGACCCUGCUGCCUCUCAGAAUUCAGUGAAACUCAGAGUCCAAAGUGGUUGGUCCUACCUGGCAGUAGGACUUCCACAAGGUCAUUCAGAGACUCAGACACCUUCCAGUCUGUGGUUCUGUCAUCCCCUGCGGCCCUGGAGUCUGUUAGAUCCUCUGAUUUGAUCCAGAAAACAAGAAUGUGGAGUGUCACUUGGAAGAUUUGUACUGGCCAGACCUGAAGGUGGCAUCCGUCACUUCUGCUCUUAUCCUAACAGCCAGCACAUCUGGCCACACUCAACUGGCAAGAGAGGCUGGGAAAUACAGUCUACGUGUGCGGCCAGAAGACAAGCUUCUCUCUGAAGACACCAACAAUAGCACUUGCAUGAGAAGAGCUGCGGUCGGAGCCCAGGAGGAGACAACGGAAGGCUGGGACCAGGGGUCUGGGCUAGAGGAAGAAAAAUUGGAAGACACACCAAAAUGUUGACUGCAGUUGUCUUCAUCUGAAAAGAAAAGAGAGUUCUCUUCCAGCCAAGAUGAAAGACACACAAGCCACUCAGGAAAUUUCGGCGGUCCCGCAGAGUGAAGUCCAUGAGCAGGAAAAUAAAAUGGAAAAUCAAGCGCAAAUUGAAGACACAUGUGACAAUCUCCCAAAGACACAGCGAUCUGUAGUACAUUUUUUUCCAACGUCAACGGAUUCAGAUACCACUACACUGCCAUGUUCAUGGUCAUUAUCCAAUGAAAUACCUCUCAGUUACUAUCUGUCCAGCCCUCAAGUUAGUGGAGUAACUUUUUCAACAAUUGGACCAAAGCCUCUUAAACCUGCUCUAGUGAGCCAUUCCCAAUCAGAAGACAGCUUGGGACUCAACAACUUCAAAAUUCCAAAGAAACACACUAUGCCGGUGCUUGCUUCUCAGCUAGCUGUGGUUGGGGAAGGGGAAGAUUAUUUCCUAUCUUUGUUUGGUGAUUCAAAGAAACUUGUCACGCACUCAUUCCCCACCAAGAAAACUUGGAAGCACUUUUCUAUGAUUCUUGAAGAAGUGGGCCAAUCUAGAUCCAGUGCUCUUGGAGACAUUAAAAUAGCUGAAGUGAAUGUCAAAGGUUUAUGCGUGAAGCUCAUUAACUCUUCCCUUGACAAAGAACUGGAAAUCGGAAAUCAUAUUCUCCAACAAAAUGUGGAUGGACAAACAGUCUCUCUGUACCAAUUCCUUCCCAAUAUCAAAAUGCAGGCCAAUUCCACGGUAACAGUCUGGGCAGCAGCAUCUGAAGCAAAGCACCAGCCACCAUCAGAUUUUCUUUGGAAGGAACAAAACAGAUUUAGGACAAGCCCCAAUUGUACAACAAUCCUGUGCAAACCUAAUGGUGAAGCUGUUGCCUGGUACACUCCUAUCCACUGGAAGCAAGCAUGGGAGAAAUUAGAGACUGACAUUGAAUGUGACAGAUGCUCAGUAGUAAGUCCAACAUCUCAAAGGCACAUGUUUCAUUGGCCAGCAGCUACAACUACAACUAAAGAAAAACAAGACCAAUCUAAGCAAGAUAUCUCAAAAUAUCAGGUGGAACGAGUUCAAGCUUCUCUUACAAGAGAAAAAGAAAUCCCACCAACCCUUUUCCCCAAUCACAGCCCCUGGUGCCACAGUCCUCAUGUCUCUGCACAUCCUUACUGUUCACUGAUUGAUCCUCACAACACCUACAUGACUGAACGCAGCUUAGACAGACAGCCCAGGUCUCAGUCAGCCAAGCCUGAUCUAGCCAGAGAUCAAGGAAAAACAGGACGUCUGAGUUACAAAAGCAAUAAGCAGACAAUUCAACUUUUAAAGGACAAUAAUAUCCAAGUCUAGAGAACAACACAAGGAUGCCUGACAUGACGCAGCCUGCCUUCCACCCAGGAGAGGAAACCAGCAGCAAGCGAGAACACGGUUUCUUUUAGAAAAGAUAAUUCCUCAGGACUUUCCUGUAACCAUUUCUUAAAGCAGGAGAGAGAGUUCGUGGACAAGUUAAAACAUUUGCUUUCUAGGCUGUUAUGAAGAAAAACAUUGGUCAAAAGCAAAACCAUCACUGUUUUCAUUUUACGCACAUGAAGUUUCCCAGUCACUAAUUUCAGCCUUUUAUACCCUGCCCAGCUGUUAGGUCGACAACUUCUGCCAUUUCUGCAGAUGCAUCUUCCAAAAGCACGUGUUUCAGGAAUUCUGAAUCUUGUGGUCUGAUUCUCUACACUUGGAAUCUGUCUCCCAAAAGCACGCAUUAAUCCGGCUUCUUAAUGGCUGGAAGUAAUAGAUGAAGUUUCUAUGGAGUAACUAGUUGGGGGUUUUUAAACCUGCCUACAUGCAACUCAAAUGCCAAAAUAAUCUCUUCCACCUCGUGAUACUAGGUACAAAAUCCCACAGAUAGGAAAUGCCAAGAGUGGUUUAAUUAAAUAAUCUGAUAGAGCUACUUUUUUUUUUUUUUUUUUACAAUUCUCACUUCUUAGUCUUUGGAAAUCUUAUUCUAUACCCAUCAAGAGUAUAGAAGCUGAAAAACUAAUGAACUUGCUCAUUUUUAAUGGUGACCCUCUUUAUACGCAGAAGGUAUGAUUGCGUCAGCUUCUGAGAACAAAUCCUGUCUAUACCUGGUAGCCCAGCUUCAUUUAAUUUAAUUUCUGCUUAUUUAUGUAACAUAUGCAGGAAGAUGGGGCAUAUACAGUCUUGGAAGGUGAGGUAGAGCAAGCAAAGUGAGGACCUUCCCCCGAUAUACUCUGUUUAAAAAAAUAAACGUAAAAUAACCCAAAAAA